AUGUGUUUUCCAGUUGAUGUCAGCUUGUAUCCGUAUGAAGUACGUUGGAUGCCGCUGCUACUGUUUGUCCGAGAUGAAGGUUACAUGCCCCCAAUAGCGUCUUCAUCCAUUAUACGCUAUUUAAACGUGUUUCGUGCUACCCUCCGACCAACGUCAGGCACCAAACAGUUGUUGGACAAACUUCAGUUAACUGUAGAUGAAAUUGUGAAUUGCACUGGGAUGGAUGCCAUUCGUGAAAACCUACCCCUGUCUGUUACAAACAAUGAAGUCUUCACUCCGGGCAAUUCAUACAGUGGAGAUACAAGCGAAACUGGGCUGGAACCAAUGUGUGCCACUGAAUGUGGUCUAAUCUGGCUCGGGUUUCGCUCUGAACGAUUUUGGGAUCGCCUGUCCUAUUUGCUCACCACCGCGGAUGGUAAGAAACACCUGGAUCACGAAUGUGGUUUGAAUUUGCGUAAUUCAAAAAAACUUUUGAUCGAAUUCGAGAUUGAGUACGCAUUGAAUGUGCCCACGGGUGCCGCAGCGGCGGUGGCUGCACAAACUGUAUGCUUGUCCAGUCCGUUCUGGGCUCGUCGUGUGCGUCUGGGUGUGCAGUUGAACUUACUCUCGUCCAAACACGCCCCACUCUUGCUCUAUCAUCCACAAAUCUUGUUCAGAGAUGAACCGUUCGAAGAAGAACACGAUGCAGAGAACUGGUCAAAUCCUGAAGAACUUGAUGCGCGGUUCGGGGACGUGGAAUCCAAAGCGUUCUUCUAUUGCACCCUACGAGCACGAAUGCCUCAAAGUUUGGUGCCCCGACCCGUUAGAUUUACGGGACCGCAGUAUCGCGUUGAGUUGGAGUUACUCAGUAAAUGGCGCGGUCACUUGGGUUCCGCCUACAAAACGGAACCGGCCCGUAUGAACACCCCAUGGACCGUACUAACAGAAAAUUUCCAUCGGAUGCGCGAGGGGGUUACUGGCUCAGCCCCCCCGGUGUCCUCACCCAUCUUUUUCCGCAGCGAAUCAGUUAUGUCCAGUUCUUCGCUGGUGACUGAGGCCUUCAAUUCAAUCGAACAGUUUGAUGAACCGGUCAAAGAAGAUCUGUCUAUAUAUCAUUGUGUCGCUCUACCUUUAAAUGCGUUAAGCGAUGUGGCCUUGCAAACCCGUCCAAUCGAUCUGAUCAAUUCGACCCAUUUGCGCACGGACGAGAUUGGCCUGCCAAUACCAACCAAUAAAGCAUGGCUGAUUCACACCAUUGAGUCGAAUAUUGAGAUAUUGUGGAAAUCACGUUUACACGGUCGACCAAUGACUGCGUCUGACAUGCGUGGUUUGAUGAACGCUGACAAUCAAGCGGGUCGAAUAAACACUAUACUACCGGAUCCACGAUUCUACCGGUUCGGUCGUUUCAUUCUAUCCGCCCAUAUCCCCGAACCAAUACCACUAGAUAAACCAGCUGCCAGUCCAGAUGUGAUCAUACCUAAAUCGCCCGCCCCUCCCAAAUCCUGGUAUGGAAAUAGCUUUUCUACCACUGGUUCUAUUGCCGGACUGCUCUGGUGUCAUAACAUUCGUCUGGACGUCUCACUAUCCGAAUUUUCCGCGAGCAAUCGGGUCAAAACUGCUAAUUCUAUCCUCAGCGUCGGCAAGCUCACACCCCAGGGUCGAUUGUGCAUCCGAUGUCGAGAUGAUGGAAACUCGGGCAUGCAAUGCAAAUCCAUCUUUGGACGACGUGUUUCGCAGCCACUCAUAUCGCGUCAGUCUAACCCGACCGUGAAUAAGAAUGCCCGACUCAACGCUUUGUCAGAGGAACCGGAUCAGGCUGAGGUCGAGAUCAUGAACGUGCUUCGUCGAGCUUCCGUCCCAGAACUGAGUACCCCGCAAUACUUGCGCAGCUUGAACGGUGACGUACUGCAGAGUGCCCAACGGAUGUGUACUUUGCCCAUGGAGCCAAUUGCCAUUCAGAUAAAGGGUUGGGUUCACUAUCAUCCGUUACAUGGAGUACGAAUUCACGAUCCAGGAAGCCAUUUGAAGAAGAUCCACAUGGAACCACAACAGAGUUCAAUUAUAUUUUUUCGUCCGGGUCGAUUUUGGAUUUGUGGUUUGAUGGGUCUCGUGCCUGAAACACUCCCUCUUCCGUCGGUUAACGCGACUGAUUUGGCCGCAUUCAACUUACCUUCACCGGCCAAUGUAGAAACGAUCCGAUUCUCUCCGGCUGGGAUUACAAUCCACGUACUAGAUCAUGUUCGUCCGACUACUUCAUCUUGA